UUGUUGUACCACCAUGCCGAACGCCUUGCUUCAGUCAACAUGGUGGAGGAGGCUAAGAUAACAAAGUUAGGAACUGUCGUCGAUUUGUGACGGAGAUGGAGGAGUCGGCAAAAAACUUUUCAUUUCAACCAGAUGUAGAGUACACUGGUGCCUCAGGAAGGCCUAAGAUUCGUGUCAUCAAAGAACGGUUAACCUGUAGUUUGUAUAACGGCUUUAAGGGAACAGAUAUGACUUGUAUGUUGAGCAUUUCUCGGGCUACACUCAACAGGCGGCGUAAAGAUUUUAACCUUGAAAUUUCACAUUCAUUUUCAACCAUCGACGAUGACACCUUGGAUGGUAUUGUUCGAAGUAAACAACAACAACACCAAAAGCUUUAUUUGCAUGACCAUAAAGGAAUUACAGUAUUGCAAAAGCUAUUAGUCUAAAUUUAAGUACUAAUUCACUGAACUAAUUAGUACGUGCAAAACAUUACAAAACGUUACAGUUCUCAUUCAUUCAUUGAUAUUAAUUUGGUUCUUAAUUCAAAGCAUUGCGAGAUCAUGAAUGAAACUAAUUGACAGUUAAUUAAAUAAUCAGAAGAAUUCAUAAGAAGAGAUAUUAAAGUAUCGUGUGAAAGUGAUUUGAAGUCAGGUAUUUUAGUUUCUAGUUUCGAGAAAAAUAUGUCUCUGAUCUGAGAAUAAGCCUUACAAUCUAGUAAGAAAUGAUUUUCAUCUUCGAUUUUGUUACUUGUACAAAAGUGACAUAUCCUUUCAUUGCGAGGAAUGUUUUCGUAUCUACCUGUUUCAAUUCUAAGUUGAUGACUACUUAUUCUAAAUCUAGCUAAUGCUUUUCUCGAAGGGUUUUUUCUUGUUAAAACUAGGUACGGCGAGGGGCUAUAGUCGUCUUUGAUUGUACAAUAAAAACUGAGUUUUUGUGAUUGUUGAAGGGUCUGAUUCCAGUAAGAGACGUAUUUAUUUUUCAUUAUGCCGAUAUACCUAUUAACUAUUGAGUCACUCAAUGAAUUACAGGAAAAGUCAUAGUUUAGAUCAUAGUAGUCAACCAUUUUCAUGAGAUUAGAGUAAAAGCUAGUUUUUCCGUUAUGAUGAAGGUCAAUUGAAAUUUGUAAGGCCUGUUUAACUAUAGAAUCUUCAUCUUUACCUCUCAGAUAGUCUAAGUAAUUUAGAAUCUUUUUAUUUAUAUCAAUGAUCAUGGGAAAUUUACCAGUUCAGCUCUACAAGCAAUGUUGGAUGCCUUGUUAUGUACUUGUAAAUAACGUUUACAGAACUGCAAAUGGGUUUUUUCAAUUGCAGAGCUGUCCCAGGACUUAAAAUCUGAUUUAACAAAAGCACCCCAAUCUUCACUGUUGUAGGUUAGAAUUGGUGAAAUGAUAGAGUCAAAAAUUUUACACGCAAGUGAGGGCUUAAGACUAUUCAAAUCCGUGUGCCGCCUGAGGCUGAAGAGCGCGUGAAGAGCUUUUUGUCGGAGAUGUUCGAGCGAAAGUGUAAAAUUUCCGGAAGAUGUAAUGCGAGUUCCUAAGUAAGUAUAGUUUUGGACAACGUCGAUCACUUCAUUGCCUAUGCGGAAGUUAUGUUCACAUUUUCGAGUGCAUCGUUGAAAUAUCAUUAUUUUGGUUUUCUUAGGAUUUAUUCUAAGCAUCCAUGAGUUGCAAUAUGAAGAUAGUACGUUAAGGCAGUUUUGUAGACCAAGUUUGGAUCGCGAUAAUAUUAUCAAGUCAUCUGCGUAAAGGAGAGAGUUGAGUCUGGUGCCAUUUGGUAACACGAAGGGGUCUGAUAAAACAUUGUCAAAUGAGAACGCUAGAUCGUUAAGGUAUAAGUUAAAGAGCAGAGGGCUUAAAAUGCAGCCUUGCCGCACUCCUCUUGCGUAUUGAAAAGAUCGCGUUUUGUUAUUUCCAAUCCUGACAGAGCAGGUAGACUUCGAGUAUAGACUCUUAAUUAGACUAUAAAACUUUCCUUGGACAUUGAUCUUAGAUAACUUAUAGAGAAGCCCAUCAUUCCAAACCGAAUCAAAGGCUUUCCUAAAGUCAACAAAACACGCAUAUAUUUUCUCUUGUGACAAUGGACAUAUUUGUCUAUUAAUGUUCGAAGUGUGAGGACAUGAUCUGCUGUUCUAUUAUUUGCUAGAAAACCAAUUUGAGACUUGUGAAGUAUAUUAUUUAAGUCAACGUGCCCUAGAAGUCUCUGAUUGAGAAUUGAACAAAAUAGUUUUCCAAUACAACUGGAAAUACAAAUUCCACGGUAGUUUGAUGGAUCGCUUUUAGUACCACAUUUAAAAAUUGGUGUAAUGAGGCCAUCACACCACAUUCGGGGCAUAGUUCCUAAGUCGAGGACCGUGUUAAAUAGUUUUAGAUAAACAGGCAUUAAUUCGUUUAGGCUAGAUUUGAUCAUUUCUUUUUUGAUUUUGUCUGAAAAAGAAGAUUUGUUGUUUUUGAGUUUUCCAGCUGCAGUGCGAAUUUCACUUUCAGUGAUGAGGUAAUCCAAGGAGUGAGAUCGUGUCGUAAUAUCCUUUGAUUUCUGCAACUGAUCUAUAAUUGCCUCCUGCUGUUCAUUAAGGGGUUCAUUCGAGUUCAAAGAUUGAAAGUGGGACAUCCAUUUUUCUUCAGAAAUUGGAGGGGUGUAGGUUUCCUUCAUAGUGUCGUCCAUUGACUUCAAACAGUUCCAAAAGCUCUUAUUGUUCGAAUUUUCGACCAUAUUUUCAAGUUCACAGAUCUUAUUGCUAUAGUAUUCGUUUCUCUUAUGUUUCAAAAGGUUUUUAUAUUGUUUUAAGACGUUGUGAUACUCUUCCCUGAGAGUCUAACAGUGGCUAUCGAAUGGUUUGGAGUCAUUUAAAAGGAAGGGGACUGGUUAGUCAGCAGUCCCGUGUUAGAGAAAGCCGUUGCCGCGAAUUGAAUGCGCUUAGAUGA